AUGGGAAAAGCCAUGGUUGAUGAGAUGGUGAUGGCUGAAGUGUUCGCAGAUGUGGAGUGUAACCUUGGAGAGAUUGGGGGUGACAAUGGUGUAGAUGAAUCUAUGUCAGAUACAAGCGAUGAACAAAGGAACAACUCAUGUGAGCAUUGGACCCAUGUACAAGUAGAGGCCAGAAAUACAACACUGCAGAUAAUUGGUCUCCUCGGCAUAUUCUUCCACUCAAUGGGUGUUCCACAGAAAGUGAUUGAUGUCCUGGCACAUGUGGGAUUAUCUAUCAGCAUCACAUCAAUACACAAUGCAGUACACUUGAUGUCCAAAGAAAUUGCAGCUAACAUCAAGCAAGGUAUUCAAUCACUCAAAGUGUCCUUUGCAUAUGACAACUUUGACAUCAACUUCAAAACUUCGGAACCUACCAUUGGGCAUCAUUUGACCUUUGUGUCAACAAUCCCGAGGCACUAUGCUGCUCAGCAGCAUUAUGGGCUGCUGAUUCUCAUAACCCUGCACCGUCAACAACAGCUGUUGAAAUCGAUGAGUUCGACAUGCUACAACAUCACAUCAAUGACACUUACAGUAGGCCCAAACAAGACAUUCUUGUCCAACAUGGCUGGUAUUUUGGAUCAUUUGUGGACAAACUUGGAGAGCCAGAAUCAGUCCUACAGAUACCUGUCACAAAGAUGGAUCAAAUACCUUUCCAUUCCAUGA